AGGAAAUUCAAAAGAUGGCUCAAGCCUUUCCAAAAAAUGAGAGUUGAUCGGCGUGUAAGCAUCUGCACUCCUCUGCUCAAGAAAACCCCAAAGUCGGAGCAAGAUGGGAAUGAGGUCUGCGUCAUCGGCGGUAAGGUCAGCUCCGUAGUGGAAGAUGAAUGGAUGCACGACGGCGCAGAUUCAGUGAGGAAUGCCUCAAUAGCCUCUGGUGUGCUG